AUGGGUGUGGAAAAUGUACAGAUAAUUUUUGAUGAUCCAACAGCAGUAUUUACGCCUGGCCAAACCAUUACUGGACGAGUUUUAAUUGUGAUUAGUAGUUCAGUGAAAAUCAAAAAUAUAAAAUUGAAAUUUCGAGGAGAAGCUAAUGUCAGAUGGACUGAAACCAAAUCUCGGACUCGGACUCAGACUCGUAAUAAUAAUCGAGGAGAAAACCAUUCAGUUAGUUAUCAUGCAAGAGAAGAAUAUUUUAAAAAUAAAUUUUUUUUAGUAGGUGCAAAAGGUGAAUCACAAUUAGAAGUUGGUGAAUAUGUCUAUCCAUUUAAUUUUUCUUUACCGCAUGAGUUACCAUCAACAUUCAAAGGUGUUUAUGGAAAAGUAUUUUAUAUAGCAAAAGUCAAAAUUAAUAUACCUUGGAGAACGAAUAUAGAGAAAGAAUUAAUGUUUGAAGUUAUUUCUCCUACACAUUUAAAUAAUGAACCAUCAUUAGCUAAACCCAAGACAGCAUUAAAAGAAAAGUAUUACUGCUGCUGUUUGUGUAAAUCUGGCCCGAUGACAUUGAUUGUCCAUAUUCCUGGUAGUGGUUUUUUACCUGGACAAUCUAUACCGGUUACAGUUGAAUUGGAUAACAACAGCAAUGUGGAUGUGGAUACUAUUAAAAUAAAGCUGGAUAGAACUUUGGAAUAUAGAUCACAGUUCCCUAGUAGUAAAAUAAACUAUGAACACAAUGAGAUUGUAAACGUAUAUAUAGAUGGUGUAGAAAAACACGAUUCGAAAACACGUGUGGAACAACUUCAAAUUCCGAAUGGUUUGACUGUACCUAAUUUAAAACAUUGCGAAAUUAUAACUGAUAAAUAUUUUCUAAAUGUUGAGGCUCAUGUUAAAGGUGCACAUUUAAAUGAAGUAGCUUCUAUUAAAAUACAAUUGGGUAGUACACCAUUGACAAUAGCUAGCAAUGAUCGUCAAUUUGAUUAUUCUUUUCAACCAUCAAACCCUUUACCGUCUGUGGGUGUUAAUGAGCCAAUUUCGGUUCCUGGAUAUGCUCAACUAGUAGUUCCAAGUAACCAAUUAUAUACUGUGCCUCAGAAUGCAUCUUUUCACAAUGCAGAAAAUGGGAUGAUUUUUGUACAAAACAUUCAACUUUCUGAAUUCCCAAAUCCACCACCACCCUACCAAUUUUCAGAGGAUCCGGAAAUAACUUCUGCGAUUCCAAUGACUACUAUUGAGAAAUUUUAG